UUUGCUUCUUUAACAUAGAUUUCUUAUAAUAAAUUUAGUAAUUAAUUUUUAAUAUACCUUAAAAGAAAAAUACAAAAUGAUUUCAUAAUCAAAAUUUGAUAAGGAAUGAAAUUGUAGAAAGGUCUUUGUUACAAUUUUGGAAUUUGAAGUUUUCUAAAAAUGGAAUAUUUCCAAAUUGGUAAUUCUAAAAUCUUCAAAUUAUGAAAUUUAAAAUAUGAAAUUAAUUAAAUAACCAAUUUUGUAUAGAAAAAUUCAACCAAAAAAUGCAUCUUGGAUUUUAGUUUUUUUUUAUGAUUUCUAAACGGAAGUUACUUUGGUAAAAUUUUGAUUAUUACCAAAUACUAUACAAAUAAAUUUUUAGGGUUUCUUUUAUCGGCAGGAGUUCAAUGGAAAUAAUAUUUUUAUCAGUAGUAAUAAUUUUUAUUUUCAGGAAAAAUGCACAAAAUAUUAUGUUAGUGUGGUGUGCAAACAUCAUAGCAAAUUAGAAAAGAUUAACCAUUAGCAAUGGAUUAGCAUCAAAAAUUAUAAAAUGAUGCACGAACUCAUCAUAAGCUAUAUAUAUAUAUAUAUAUAUAUAUAUAUAGAGAGAGAGAGAGAGAGAGAGAGAGAGAGAGAGAGAGAGAGAGAGCCAUCUUGAUUUUUAAGGGUGUAGAUCUUUGUUCAGCAAACAUAUGUGCAAGUAUUACCUCAAACAGAGAUUUCAAUCAAGUAGAGAUCAUACUGGCUCAGCUUAAUUUUAGUUAGUAUCACUUCAGAGAGAUGCCAAGAAAAGAAAAGCAUGAAAUGAGCAGGUUUAACUUUCUUCCCUGUCUUCUCAUUGGUUUGACUGUUGAGAUGUUCAUUGUUGAGCUGCAAUGCACACAAGAAGAUACGAAUCAUCAUUGAUGCCAUGAUCGAACGAGGUGAAAAGCUAAACAAAGAGAAACACUGAACAAGCGCAACACUGCAACACUCUCUGUGCCCUUUGACUCUCAUUUAAAUGUACAUAUCUCAUGAGCAGACUUUUCUUUGUUCACCUUCUCUGUUUGGUUUGACAUUUGAGAUUCUCAUUGCAAAUUGCAAUGAUGACUCUACGUCUCAAGUCUCGACCAUCUUUGAUACCCUGAACAGCAAAGUGAAGAAGUGCAACGCAAAUCUUUUGAUACUCAUCUUCUGCCAAAAGUAAACUCGGCAUACUUUUGUUGCCAUUCUAGUCCAGUUUUAAGUCUACUGUCUUCCUUUUCUUUCCAUGGUUUGGCUAUAAAGAUACUCACUGCAAAUUGAAAAGCACAUUAUUCUAUCUGAAUCACCAUUGAUGCCAUGAGUGACAAAGUGAAAGUUUAAGGAAGAAGAAACUCAGUAAAAGCAUAGCACUGCAAUAUUUUAUAGCCAUCUGCUGCCAAAAGGAGAUAUUUUAUGCGCAUACUUUAAUAGGUCACUCAGCUCUUGGUUUAGUGUGAAGGUUUCUUCUACUGCUUUUGGCUUCUUCUGGAGCCUUCAAGCUUAUUAGGUCCUCCAACUCUGCUGCUUGGGUCAUUGUAACAGGAGAACCAUCACCUGAACUCAAGAGUCCCAGAAGAAAAAAAAUAGAAGAUCAAGAGGAAAGUAAAGAUGAACUGAAACUGAAGAGGCAAUGCCACCCUGUACGACUCCAAAUACUACUGAACUUGUGAUGAUCAUGGAUGUGGAGAGUAUUCUUCACAUGAAGGAAGGGCUGGGUGAGACAAGCUAUUCCCAAAAUUCUUCCCUUCAGAAGAAGAGUAUGGAGGCCAUGAAGCAUUUCAUAAUAGACUCAGCAUUAGCUGCCUAUGCCUUUAAGACACCAGAAAUCUUCACAAUUGCUGAUCUUGGUUGCUCCUCAGGGAUAAAUUCUCUAUAUCUAGCUGAAGAAAUUAUCAAGGCCAUUCAUGAGAGAUCUCGGCAGUUAGCGAGGCUGGCACCAGAGUUUCUGGUGUUCCUUAAUGACCUUCCAACCAAUGACUUCAAUGCCAUGUUUCUGAGCUUUCCAGAGUUCAAUAUGAAGUUCAAAGCAGGCAUUGAGUUGCAAGGGGGCAGUGCUCCAUCUGUAUAUUUAGCUGGAAUUCCUGGGUCUUUCUAUAGCAGGCUUUUUCCGGGCAAUAGUCUUGAUUUCAUCUACUCUUGCUAUAGCUUGCACUGGCUUUCCCAGGUUCCUUUGGGGCUUCUUGACAGUGAUUGCAAGCCAAUUAAUAAGGGGAACAUGUACAUAUCUAACACAAGCCCCCCUGCUGUUUCUUUAGCAUACUUCAAGCAGUUCCAGAAAGAUUUCAGCCUCUUUCUUAAGUCAAGAUCUGUAGAGCUACAUUUCGAGGGACGAAUCGUCAUUUUGAUGUUGGGAAGAAGAACUGAAGAUCACAGUGAUAAGAGCACAACAGUUUUAUGGGAACUUUUAGACCAGUCACUGGCAAUUAUGGUCUCACAAGAGAUAAUUGAUGAAGAGAAGGUUGACGCAUACAAUGUUCCAUUUUAUGCUCCAUCAGCGAAGGAGAUCGAGGACGAAGUACACAGAGAAGGAUCAUUUGUGAUCGACUGUAUACAAGCUUAUGAGCUGAGCACAAGCACAGGAGAUCCUAAGGAGGAUGCGAGAAUCAUAUCGAUGGCCAUUAGAGCCAUACAAGAAGCAAUGAUCAGCCACCACUUUGGAGAGGCAAUUAUAGACACUUUGUUCCAAAUUUACAAUGGACUGCUCAGUGAAUUCAUGGUUAAAGAAGAAAUAAAAAGUUCUCACCUACUGGUAAUUCUAAGAAAGUCAUGCUAAAUUAAGCAUAUGUCAAAGACCAGAGCUGCAAUUUUAGAGAUCACAUGCUAGAUUGAGCAUGCAAGCAAAAGAAAUUAUCUUUUACUGCUGUCUAUGAUC